UUUUUUUUUCCUUUUUUUUCCUUUUCUUUUCUUUUUACAUUGUUAUUAUUAUUAUUAUUAUUUGGUUGGAAAUACAAAGUGGAUAGGUCAAUUAGAUAAAUAUCCUCUUUUCUUGUUCCUUUAUCCGUUUACAAUCUUAUUUUGUUUUACAUGGACUUGUUAGACACCUUUAUACAUCACGACUUUUUCUCAAUGCUAUGGCGACAUCAACAAUAGACUCUGAUGAACAAUCAUCACCUUUUACUCUAAUACAAGUACCUGAAUAUUUUUAUGCUGUGGAUAUCAAUUAUCUGUCUCAUAUGAUAUCUGAUAUGUUAGGACGACUUAUAUCACAUAAUGACUUGAUCCCUUUGACACCCAGUAAUCUCACCAGGUUCCACUCUAGAAUACCUCCGAAUAUCUCACUAUCCGAUUAUUUACGCCGGAUCAUCAAGUUCACCUCAGUAGAAAAAUCAUGUUUAUUGAUUAUUCUAAUAUACAUUGAUCGUGUUUGUGAACGACAUCCACAAUUCACCAUCUCUUCAUUGACCGUCCAUCGAUUCUUGAUCACUGCCGUUACUUUAUCCUCCAAAGCUCUUUCGGAUUCUUAUUGUACCAACUCUCAUUAUGCUCGCAUCGGUGGCAUUUCUACUCAAGAAUUGAAUGCUUUAGAAUUGGAGUUCUUGACUUUGAUUGAUUGGCGAUUAGCUUCCACUGGAGUGAUCUUACAACAAUAUUAUGCUAAUUUAGUCGAACAACAUCCUUGUUAUCAACGACUUGUAGAACAACCAGCUAUCAAAUCUAGAAAACGACGAAGGCGUAGUAGUGUCAAAAGUACAUUUAGUGGUUUAUCGGAAGGUUCGGACGAUGUCUUGUAUGAUUCGGAUGGCAACAAUGAUGAUGAUGAUGAUCGACAUGAAAAGGAAGAAAUUCAACGGAUUUGGGCUCACUUUGAUCAAUUAUCAGAUACAGAUUGGAUACCUUACAUAGCAUAGCAACUUGAUAUAUAUAUAUAUAUAUAUAUAUACACGAACAAAACUCAUAUUUAUAUAUUUUAUUUAUCGUUUAUUUUAUUUUAUUUUGAUUUUAUUUUUACUAUUGUAGUUCAUCUUUAUAAUAUACUUUCCUUUUUUUUUGUAUUUUAUUUCACUUCCCCUUUUCCUUUAGUCUUAGUCUUGAUCAUCUCUUACGCUGAGCGUUCUCACUCCUCCUCACCUUACAUUCUUUUGCCGUUUUUGUAUCUUUAUUAUUAUUAUUAUUAUUAUUAUUAUUAUUAUUAU